AUGCUUUUGGGCUGGUACGUCAGCGUGGAGCUGCACGAGCUGCAGGCAACCAAGAACUCACGUCCGAGCUCGCAAGGCUUUGCAGAGAGGAGAAAAAGGAAGACCUCAAAGAGAGAAGAACAGAGGUGUUGGCUGAAGCUGCAGAGGCACGACAGAGCAUUCGCUACGUACGUAGGACUUCGCCACUUCGCUAAAACAACAAUGACUCUUCGGAUCCCAGAUGGAACAACCACAGCAUCGAGAAGAGGGAUAGAAAAGGUCAUUCACGACUUCUACUCGGAUCUCUUCGACAGCGACGUCCACUUGCCUCCUCACCAUCUGAGGGAAGAUGGACAUGUUAUUCCAAGGGUGCUCUCUUCCGAAGUCCGACAUGCCCGUGAAGAAUCGUACUCCACCCGAUCUCGAAAGAAUCAAGCCUGA